AUGGAUGGUGAUCCCACUUUGGUGUUCAAGCCUGUUUUCAAGUCUUUCAAAUUCAAAACCUCAGAAGCUAUGGAAGGACUGAAGGUCCAAAGGAAUACCAGUAUGAAAGACAGCAAUGAAUUCAUUGACAAUCCUAAGAGAGAAAAUCCCGAGGUGGUUCAAAGUCCACAUUCAGAUGAGAAAUGGAAGGCUGCUAUGGACUAUGACUUACCAGAGUUGGUUGCUUUCCUUCAAGAUAGUGGUUACCCUUUUGUUAAGGACAUCUGCAUUGACAGUGUUGUGCCAUCUCAGAAUAAAUGUUUGGAAGAGAACUGUGAUUUGGAUUUUAAUAAUGUCUCUUGCAUGGUUAGCUCUGAUGCCGAAAGUAGUAGCAAAUUAACUGUAGAAUCUCAGUGCUCAUCAGAGUCAUCAAACUCCAGUGUGUCGAAACAUAUAUCCGACCAACUGUGGGAGGAGGAUGUAAGCAAGCAAAGUGGUUUCAAGAACUUGACAACUGAAGAUGGAGAGAAUUACGGAGAAAAAGAUGAUACUUCAAGUGAUCAUUCAACCAAGAUGAUCAUAUCUGAAACACUACUUCAGAUUAGACAGGAUCCAACUAAGGCAGUCUUGUCAGAUUCAGUGGUAUUAUCCUCAACUGAGGCAAUUUAUGAAAAGAGGCGAAGCAAAUAUUCUCACAAAACUGCCUUAGAGAAGGCAAGAAGAGUGGAAGUAUUUCCUCCAAGUGUAGAGUGUCAUUCUCGGAAUUCAUCUAAAAAUGGAACAGGAAGAAAUAGUUUACGACAACACAGCAAGAAUGCAAGAAGUAGGGAUACAUUUUCACUAAGUGAUUCUUCCAAAGAUGAGAUGUCGGAUAGCUUAACAGGAGUGAGUCAAUCACAACAACAUUGCGGCAGAAAUACAAGAAGAAAAGAGAUAUUUCCACAGAGUAAUUCGUCUAAAGAUUGGAUGUCAGUUAGCAUAACAGGAUCAAGUCAAUCACAACAGCAUUGCCGUGAGAAUGCAAGGAGAGAGGUAUGGCAUGCAAGUGUGGAGUGUCAUCCUCAGGAUUCAUCCGAAGAUGGGAUGUCAGAUAGUGUAACAGAAUCGAGUCAAUCACAACAGCAUCUCCGUGGAGAAUCAGGUACCUCAGUUUCAGGGCCUUUAGCGAUAUACUCAGGAGCCAUACCAAGUUUUGGUAGCAUCUCUUUCCGAUCAAACAGCAGUACAACUAGCUCUAGGUCUUUCACAUUUCCCAUAAUAUCCUCAGAAUGGGCCGGCAGUCCAGUGAGAAUGGCUGAAGCAGAUAUGAGACAAUUACAAAGGCAUCGUCGUUGGGGGAUGCGAUUUCUGUGCUGUACCUUCUGAAUUUCUGAAUACUUACACACAUAACUUAUAUUUCUUGGUGUACACCCUCGAUUAUAGUGUGGAUCUUCCAUUAUAAUCAA